GGAAGGGGGAGGAGGCGGUAACAUUUUCACUCUAAGAGGAAGGGAGCAUGAGGAUGCUGCUCCAAGAGGAAGGGGUGGAUCCACUCACAGAGGUAGGAACGAGGACGACCAUUCCAGAGAAGGAAGGAGUGGUUAUGCUAGCAGAGGGAGAGAUGAUGAUUCCAGUCCGAAGGGGAAGGGCAACCGCUAUGCUUCGCGGGGAAGAGGUAGAGGGAGGGGCAAAACCCGCUCUUCUUCGCGAGAACGUGGUGGUUACGCUCCUAGAGGAAGAGGCUCUCCUAGAGGAAGAGGCUCUCCUAGAGGAAGAGGCUCUCCUACUGAUGACCGCAGAGGAUUCGAUUAUCCUCACAGAUCGCCCGGAUACCGCCCUCCGGGCCCCUCAAGGCCCGAUCCAAGAAGUCUGGAUAGAUCCCGUGCUCGGAGCAGAUCCCGUCCUCGGGGUAGACCCGGUGCUUGGAGCCACUUCCCUCCGAGGAGCAAAUCCCGUCCUCCAGUCCAGUCCAGGCCCCCUCCGAGGAGUCCUGGAGCGCCCCGCCCAAAGAGUGCCAAUCAGUUCCGUCAGAAGAGUCCUGACCAGCGCCCCCCUCCCGGCAAUACCCGUCCUCCCCCUGCUACUCUCCCUUCAAGAAGCCCUCCGAGAGACCCUAGGCUCCCUAGGCCUUGAUAAUAGGUACAUAGACCGAUUCAUCAUGUUGAAUGCGGGAUCAAGAUUUUCUUUUGUGUACUUUUAAUACUAUCAAUCACUGUGCACGUCUGAUGUUCUAUCUUUUUGUUUGUUUAUUCAUUGUGCAUGCGACCUAUCUACUCUGGAUCAUAGCAAUAGGUAUAGAGUACACGCUCCAUUUCCAC